CUUGAUGAGCAGGUGUGAAUUUUCUUUCUUCCUGGUUUUUGUGUUUUGAUUUUAUUUGGUGCUAAAAUGAACGAUCUACUUUGUGUGUUUGCGAUAAGUUUAUUUCUUGUUACAACAAAUGGACAAUGUCCGGAUAAUGCCGAGUCACUUGAGUCCUUAAAAAUUUCUUUGGCUGUAUUUGUGGGGAUUUCGACUAUUUUAACAAUAUUGAAUACCUAUUUCUUCAUUAAGCUUAGAUUAAGAGACAAAUCUAGGACCAAAACGGAUAUCCCAAAUGUUAUCAUAAGUCAGCGAGGUGAAAAUGAACCGAAUGCUGAAACUUACACAGAACUCGGAAAUAUGGCAUCAGGAGAUUCUGAAAACAAGUACGAGUCUAUAUCACGCCAGGAAAACAACAUAAACACGACUUUCUUAUAA